CUCUGAGCACCAUCUUGGGAAUAACAUUUAAUGAGGCAAAAUUCCCCGUUUUCAUUCUUACGUUUUUAUGACUAAAAAAGAUUUGAAAUCCGACCUUUGGAUCAGAAGUCCAGUUGUUCAAGAUGAUUAAUGACAAAAGAGCUUCGAGCGUUUUUCUUUCCUUAAUACUUGUGACGUCAAUAGUAUUAAACACGACAGCGUGUUAUGUUAUAUUGAUUAAAGUAAAGAAAAAAGAACUGACUCAUUUAUUUAUUAUUAGUAUAUCAGUUGCGAAUUUGCUGGAAUCUAUAGUUGGAUUAAUACCAGAGUUAGUAGCAUUAGAUGAAGUUUUACUGAGAAAAACUCCAUUGUGCAUCACAAGCAGUUUUACGGUUUUUGGUCUAGCAAUAACAAGUAUUACUCAUUUAUCUGUGCUUUCUUUAAUUAGAACAGCUGCCAUUAAAUGUCCAGUAUUAUGGAGAAAUUUUUACCUAAAAAUAUGUAACAAGACAUGGUCUAAAGCAACGUUGAUAUCAGUUUGCUAUGGCUACGGCUUUAUAUGGGCAAUGUUUCCUGUGAUUGGUUGGUCAAAAUAUGACCUAGAUCUCAAUAAUAAAAGCUGUUCGUUGGAUUGGAAACUGUCACAAUUAGACUCUUUAUCCUAUAUUCUAACUGUAUUUAUCUUCUGUUACAUUUUUCCUGGAUUGAUCAUAGCUCUGACAUCGUACAUCUGCAAAAAAGCAGUUUUACGACAAAAAAAGAGUAAAUUUAUUCAAAAUAAAAAAAACCAACCUAUUGAUACUUUAAAAAAGGUAUAUUUAAGAAUAUGUAUACUAUCAGCGAUAACCUAUUUUGUCAUUUGGACACCAUACGCAAUUGUUUGCGCCUUGACUAUGUUGAAAAUAAUUAUUUCGGAGGAGUUAUUUACAGUUGUUUCUAUAUUUUCAAAGCUUUCUACAAUUUCUAAUGUCCUUAUUAACUGCUUCAUUAAUAAAUCCUUCAGAAAACAUCUUUUUAAUUUGAGAUUUAUUCAACUCGUUGUCAAAAAAAUAUUUUAUUGAGUGAAUUGUAAGCAAUAAAUCUCAAUAAAACGGUUAAUUACGGUUAAUUUUUUUUCCUUUCAUUUUCUUUCUUCUUUUUGAAUAUUAGUAAGUUUUUCUUUUUUUCUCUUUUUACAUUAGCAUUAUUAAUUUAUAUUGAAAAACAACAACACAUAUUCAUAUGUUUACACACAAAAAACAACACUAGCUUUUUCCAGUAUUUUCAUUUUUGGUACUUUUU